CCUCCCUCGGCCACUAAUCUUGGGAAUUCUGACCUCAUCUGUUUUUCCUUUUUCCUUUUCCUCCAUCAUCUGCCCCUUUUCUUUCCUGGUUCUCCUUUCUCUCUCAGAGCCUCUUUCUCUUCUACAUCUCUUAACCUUAUCUGUGGCGGGGCAACACAACUUCCAACUCCUCUCACUCCGCUGACUGCCUAACCACCCCACGUCCGACGCCCUGCCAGUUUUUCUUCCUCUCUCUAGCACACACCGGUCCACGACUCAAUAGAUUUUUUGCCUCUUUCCUGCUUCAAUCCUCUCAUCAUGAGUACGAUACAGAACAUCAAGAAUUUCAUCCGGCAUGGGAAACAAGCUCGCCUCGUGACGCCCCAUUCCGAGCCCACCACCGACGUGUCCACCGUCCACGCCGAACAGCAGCCACAACCCCACGGCCAAUUCUCUCCGGCCCUCGGAGCCUUUGACAAGGGUGACAUGCGAGGGACUGGUCAGGCCACCCAGCAAAAAACAGACACUCAGGUGAAGCGCGAUCGGUCUGUGGAAAUCGAACGCCUCGUUCAGGAAGAGAGAACAAGCCGGUCAAAGAUGCCUCAGUAUCCCGGUCUUGACCGUUGGAUUCUGGUGGAGAAGAUGGGCGAUGGCGCAUUCAGCAAUGUUUACCGCGCAAAAGAUUCUACUGGAGAGAUCGGUGAAGUGGCUAUCAAGGUCGUGCGCAAGUUUGAAAUGAACAGCAAUCAGCGAGCGAAUAUCCUCAAGGAAGUCCAGAUUAUGCGCAACCUCGACCACCCCAACAUCGUCAAGUUGGUUGACUUUUCCGAAUCGCGACAAUAUUACUACAUCAUUCUCGAGCUUUGUCCUGGUGGAGAGUUGUUCCACCAAAUCGUGCGAUUGACAUACUUUAGCGAAGACCUGAGCCGACACGUGAUUGUCCAGGUCGCAGAGGCCAUUGAAUACUUGCAUGAGACAUCCGGCGUUGUUCAUCGUGAUAUCAAACCUGAGAAUUUGCUAUUUUAUCCUACUCCCUUCGUUCCGAGCAAGCAUCCGAAACCUAAGCAGCCGGGCGAUGAAGACAAGGAAGAUGAAGGAGAGUUCAUUCCGGGUGUCGGCUCUGGUGGUAUCGGUACGAUCAAGAUUGCCGAUUUCGGUCUGUCUAAGGUGAUCUGGGAUAGCCAGACCAUGACCCCGUGCGGAACAGUCGGUUACACAGCACCGGAAAUUGUGAAGGAUGAGCGGUACUCGAAGAGUGUAGAUAUGUGGGCUAUGGGCUGCGUUCUCUACACUCUGCUGUGCGGUUUCCCUCCAUUCUAUGACGAAAGCAUUCAAGUCCUUACGGAGAAGGUCGCUCGCGGCCAAUACACGUUCCUCUCGCCGUGGUGGGACGACAUCUCCAAAUCGGCUCAAGAUUUGAUCUCGCAUCUCUUGACUGUUGACCCCGAGAAGCGCUACACUAUCAAGGAAUUCCUCGCACACCCCUGGAUCCGCCAAAGCGGCGAGGAGACUACCGCGGCUGCUGACGCCCCGCCUCUGGCCACGCCCUUUGGCCAGGCUCGCCAGGAUGGCCCAGAACUCAACCUCGUUGGUGCUGAGCAAGCGCCUUACCAGCCCGCCAGUUCCCGCUUCAUGGAUGCGCCGUCCGUAGCGUCGGAACGCCGAAUGGACUUCCGCUCGCCCGGCGCCUUCAACUUGCGUGAAGUUUUCGAUGUUGGUUACGCAGUUCACCGACAAGAAGAAGAAGGCAAGCGCCAGCGGAACCGUCAGAACGCGGCCCGAAGUGGCCAUCCGCUGGCUGGCUUCCAAUCUGCGCUUGGAUCUCUUAACGAAGACUACGAUGACGAACCGGAAGACCGCCCCCGUGAAGAAAACACUGAGCAGCCUCCCCUCAAGGUUGCCAAGUCCAACACCCACGCAGGUGACGUCGCAGGAAUGGAGGCAAAACUGCGGUCCACGAAUCUCGGCGCCCAAAGCAGUGCUGCUCAGGCCCGACAGGCCCAUCGUCAACCCAAACAGCAGGGCUACGGACAGCAUGACGCUAAAGUCGCCGCAGCAGCCAAGAGUGCUAUCGGCCGCAGAGGACAUGAGCCAUUCGAGCUCAGCCUGGAUGGCGCUACCCUUUUGGAGAAGCGUGGUCGUCGCAAUCAGCAACAGCCGGUUGCUUAAACAUGGAAUAGGGUUUUCGCAUGCCCGAAACACUCGAUUUUCCUGCUCUCUCUCCUUCGUUGGUGAUACCUUUCCAGAUUAUGAGCUUUGACGAGUGAUAUGAUGCAUGGAUCCCACGUCUCAUUUCUUCAUUUUCCACCUCUUGAUUUAACACCACUCUACCUCGACUCAUCAUGGCCGAUACCUCUCACUCUUAUCCUCUAUUACCCAUCUACCUUCUUCUCCAUUCUUCUACCUGUCUGCACGAGCCAUCGGAUCUACCCCGUGAAGAAGAGCAUACAUAUUUCAAGAUUUUUUGACUGGGAGCAGAAGAUACUGGCUGCGACUGUCUAAUGAUACAUUGCAUCCUUUUUGCUCUUGAUUUCCGUUUCCUCAUCGUUCGUGCUUCGCGGAGCUACUGGCUUUACUCGGAUGGAGUUCGUCUUGUUUUCAUAGGGAUCUCACGCUUGGCUUUGUUUUUAUCUCGUGUCUAUGUCUCGGUUUCUUCCAUUUUAACCAUUUUUUUUCCUCUUGUGUGACCUCAUUGAAGAUCUCCCGAAUGGCAUUUCUGGCUAGUCUUCAGCUUGUCUGUAUGGCGACUGGGUCUUUUUUUGAUCUUUGCUCUUCACCAUGAUGAUUUAGCGCAUUGAUUUUGUACUAUUUUGCUUUCGUAGAUUUUUUGGUAGAGGC